AAAUGCAGACGGCAGUUUAGUUUGGAUUUCAACUUGGUUGUACUGAACAAUGCGGGCGGUCUUCAUUCUUUGCUUCCUGAGCUGCCUCGGCUUCUUGAGCCGGGCAGAGUUCAUUGAUGAUACAAUUACCUAUGGUAGUUUCCCUCCAGGUUUCAUCUGGGCCGCUGCUACGGCAUCUUACCAAGUAGAGGGUGCCUGGAACGUUGAUGGUCGCACACCGAGCAUCUGGGACACUUAUGUCAGGACUCCGGGUAUGAUUGCCGAUGGAUCAACCGGAGAUGACGCCUGUCUUAGCUAUUAUCUUUACGAACAAGAUAUACAGUUGCUGAAAAACAUGGGUGUAAGUCACUACCGUUUCUCAAUUUCAUGGUCUCGUGUGAUCCCGAACGGAGUGGGCGCGUCCAAUCCUCUAGGCAUUCAGUACUACAAAAAUCUGAUUGCAGCCCUUAAAGCCGCAGGAAUCAAACCUAUGGUGACGCUGUACCAUUGGGAUCUCCCGCAAGUUCUAGAAGACCAAGGCGGUUGGCAGAACCCAGACAUCGCUACCUGGUUCGAAGCUUACGCAGAUCUUUGCUUCGAGCAAUUUGGUGCUGACGUGGAAUACUGGAUCACCUUCAACGAGCCCUGGUGUCAGGCUUAUCUAGGAUAUGGCACUGGAUCGAAGGCUCCAGGCAUCACAGAGUCCGGAACUAAAGACUACAUAGCCGCGCAUAACCAAUUGCGGUCACACGCCAAAGCUUAUCGGUUGUACGAGCUGAAGUACAAGCAAACCCAGAAUGGAAAAGUGGGCAUAACCUUGAAUAUUAGCUGGGGAGAACCAGAAGAUAACAGCACUGCAUCUAUCGACGCUGCCGAACGUUCCAUGCAGUUUGCCGGUGGGUGGUUCGCCAAUCCAAUCUGGGGAAACGGAGACUAUCCACAAGUUAUGAUUGAUUUGAUUGCUCGAAAAAGCACAGCUGCGGGUCUCCCCCAAUCUCGUCUUCCCGUUUUCACUGAAACUGAGAAAACAGAGCUUAGAGGUUCUGCCGAUUUUUUUGGCCUGAAUUUUUAUUCAUCUGAAAUCGUCAAAGAAGAAUUGUUUGAUGAUACGCUGGUCAACUAUUACACAGACAAAGAUGUAGUUGCGUAUCAAGACAAGGAGAACUGGUACGGAUCAGCAUCUUCUUGGCUACGAAUCACUCCAUGGGGCAUCCGCCGAAUGUUGAACUGGAUCAAAGAUCGGUACAACAACCCCGAUGUUAUUAUCACGGAAAACGGAUUGAGUGACCGCAAUGGAUAUCUCGACGACUCGAUGAGGAUCUAUUAUUACAAGUAUUACAUCAACAACGUUCUCAAAGCCAUCCAAGAUGGGGCAAACGUCAUUGGCUAUACAGCCUGGAGCCUGAUGGACAACUUUGAGUGGGAACGUGGAUAUUUAGAAAGAUUUGGAAUGCAUUACGUCAACUUUACGGAUCCGGCCAAGCCUCGCGUUCCCAAGAGUUCGGCAAACUACUACGCCCGAAUCAUUCAAAAGAACGGAUUCGUCCCCGAGAAUGUUUGCGAUUCGCCAAUCGUUUAUUGAUUUCGAAAAUAAAUCUGCAUAAUGCUUCUUUAUAUGCUUCUAACCAUGCAUGGCGAAAUGUGAAGCAAUACAUGCAACAAAUGCCAAGAAAACA